GUUUCUGGGAAGUGAAACUAGACUUUUCAAGGCAUUUCCGGGGAUCUGUCUGAACACAUCACACAGGGAAGGUUUUCUGGGCCCUCUGCAGAGGGUCUCUCCACACAGAGCUCCUGCAGCGGCCGGAGGGAGGCUCCAGGACGCCUUCAGUAGCUGCCUUGGGCAGGGUCAUGCUUGCAGCCAAGACCAUGGCUGUCCUGUGGCUCCUCUGGCUGUGGCUGCUGGUCCCAGGGACUCAAGGUGCACAAGAUGGGGACAUGCGGCUGGUCAAUGGGACCACAGCCAACGAGGGCCGCGUGGAGAUCUUCUACGGAGGCCAGUGGGGGACAGUGUGUGACAACCUCUGGAACCUGGUCGAUGCCACUGUCGUCUGCCGCGCCCUGGGCUUCCAGAAUGCCACGGAGGCGCUGGGCGGAGCUGCCUUUGGGUCAGGAACUGGCCCUGUCAUGCUGGAUGAGGUACAGUGCACGGGGACAGAGCCCUCACUGGCCAGCUGCAGGUCCCUGGGCUGGCUGAAGAGCAACUGCAGGCACGACAAGGACGCGGGCGUGGUCUGCGCCAAUGAGACCAGGCCCGAGCACACUCUCGACCUCUCCGGGGAGCUCUCCACCGCCCUCGGCCUGAUCUUCGACAGCCAGCGGGGCUGCGACCUGUCCAUCCAGGUGGUGGGGCAGGGCCAGGAGGUGCUGGGCUUCUGCGCCCACACGGUGAUCCUGACCGCCAACCCGGAAGCGCAGGCCCUAUGGGAGGAGCCGGGCAGCAGCAUGGUCAUGCGCGUGGACAGCGAGUGCAUGUUCGUCGCCAGGGACUUUCUGAGGUACUUCUACUCCCGGAGGAUCGAAGUCUCCCUGCUGUCCAUCAAGUGCUUGCACAAGCUGGCAUCUGCCUAUGGGGCUGAGCAGCUGCAGGACUACUGUGCGCGGCUCUUCUCCACCCUGCUCCCCCAGGACCCCUCUUUCCGAACGACCCUGGACCUCUACGCCUAUGCACAGGAUACGGGUGACACCCUGCUGGAGGAGCGGUGUGUGCAGUUCCUGGCCUGGAACUUCGGGGCCUUGACACAGGCUGAGGCCUGGCCAAGUGUCCCCGCAGCCCUGCUCCAGGCCCUCCUCCUCAGGAGCAAGGUGGUCGUGCCCAGCGAGCUGGCCCUGCUGCAGGCUGUGGACAGCUGGAUCAGGGAGCAGGGUGCCUCCCAGAGGGAGGCCGAGGUCCUGCUGGAGCAGGUGCGCUUCCCCAUGAUGCUGCCCGAGGAGCUCUUCCAGCUGCAGUUCAACCUGUCCCUGUACCUCGACCACAAGGCCCUGCUCCAGAGAAAGAUCCUGCAGGCCCUGGAGUUCCACACGGUGCCCCUGUGGCUUCUGGCCCAGUACCAGGGCCUGAACCUCACCGAGGAUGCCUACAAGCCCCGGAUUUACACCUCGGCCACCUGGAGCGCCUUGGUGACAGCCAGUUCUGAUUCCCAGAACUGGAGGUAUCAGACCCGAGGUUAUCAAUACUAUUAUGAGAAAAGAUUCUCUUCUGGCUACAUGAACAGCCCAUACAAGUCCUUCCAGACCCCACAGCACCCUAGCUUCCUCUUCAAGAAGAGGCUGGUCUCCUGGACUCUCUCCUACCUCCCCACCGUAGAGAGCUGCUGGAACCUUGGAUUCUCCUGCUUCUCGGACGAGCUCCCAGCCUUAGGCCUCACCAGGUCUGGUUCCUCGGAUCCCAGCAUCGGCUACGAAAACACAGCCCUGAUGCUCUGCGGACGGAGCAUUGUGGUGGACGUCAUGGGCUUCCAGGGCUCGAAGACCUCCAUCCCCAGCGCCCUGGGCACCAACAGCUCUAGGAGCACUUCCACCUUUCCCUGUGCCUCAGGUUCCUUCAGCAGCUUCCGCGUGGCCAUCCGCCCCUUCUACCUGACCAACACGACCAGCCUGGGCUAGGUGAUGCCACCCAGAUGCUAGGCCGUGGUGCUGGGGAAGUGGGGCACGGGCCAGGCACCCACACCAAGGCUCCCCUCCUUUGCCCCUUCCUCUCUGGAGCUACCUCCAACUUCCGGCCACCAGAUGUCUCCCUGCUUCCACUGGCCUCUAUGACCUUAAAAAAAUUACCAGAAGGCCUUGACUAGCACUCACCACGGAACCUGAGAUUUUCAGUACUCCAAUGGGUGCUAAGGUCCCACAGGUGCUGAGGUCACAGUACUCUCUCUCACUGCCUGGCUGGCUUCCAGGUGGGGAGACAACUAGGUCACUGUAGGAUUCCUAGGGCCCCUUGCAGAUGCUCCAUCCACUGCUUUCACGCCUCUGAGACCAUUAAAACCACACUUCCAUA